ACUACCUCCUUGUCUUCUUCAGAGUCUAGAGUUCCCCUUGACAAUCUGGCAAUCUCUUUAACCACAGUCUUAUCAUAUUGAUAAUUUCGUAGUGGUAAAAUAAAGGGCCAAUCGAAUGUGUGGAUGGUGUGGACGUGCCUGGUUUCUUCCAAAUCUGACCCCCCUCAAGAGACGGAGUCUUAAAUCAGUCCUUUUCUGGCCUCUGACUUGAUACAAAAUUUGGCGUGCCUGUUGUCAACAAAACCGUGGUCUGCAUUCCAUAAGAAACACAUAGCAAGCACCCAAACAGUGGCCAACAUCUCCGUGGAUGUGGAUGGCAUCUCGCCUUAACGCCGCUUAACUGAUCUCUCUGGUAUCAAUCAGCCAUCCAUCGUUCUUCGAUCCGAACCACUGUCGCGUCCGUCCGUCUUUCUCAUCGGACCCACCCAUUCAACCCAUCGACCAUGUCGUCCAUGACCAAAAGGAAAUACGUGACCCGUGAAGUGCUCGAGGAUUUCAGCGUCCCCACACCCUCCCAAAGCGUGGUCCGAGUUUUAGGUGGGCGGGGCAACAACUUGCACGAGGUGGAAGACGCCCAAGGCCAGAAAUAUCUGAGCUCCAUGCCCACCAAAUUCCGUCGCAGUAUCUGGGUCAAACGCGGGGACUUUGUCGUGGUCGAACCCAUUCCCGAGGGCGACAAGGUCAAGGCUGAGAUCUGCCAAGUCCUCUACAAAGAACAAAUUCGAUACUUCAAGAGUGAAGGGGUGUGGCCAAAGGAGUUUGAGCGGCCCCCCACCCCCACGGAAGACGUCCAGAAACGAUUGGCGCAAGUCCAAGUGCCAGACCCGGAAUCCCGGCCCGAAUCCGAUUCCGAACCCGAUUCCGGAUCCGAAUCCGAUUCGGAUAGUGAUCUGUUUGUCAAUACCAACCGUCAACAGGUUUUGAUCAGCGAUGAUGACAAGGAUUCCUCCAGUUCCUCAGAUACUACUGAUCAAGAAGACUCCGAAGCCGAGAAUAAAGAUUAAAGCCCUUCGAGCAUGAUUGAAUCUUGAUCAGUCCGUCAUGUCCGCCUCUUUGCCCAAGAUUUGGCGACGAGUCGCCCGUGGGAUUCGCAAUCUAAGUAGUUGGCCGCACGCCCAGUUCAAACCGCCCCGAUUGGAGCGCAGCGUGCGC